CGCAGCCUCGGUGGGGAAGCUGAGGCCCCGAGCCUCUCCGACAGAUGAGACUCGGCCUUGCGCGGGGACGUCAGGAGAACUGUGGCUAAGGAGAACCGCGGGACUUGGGCAGGGGUUACCUGAGGAGCCCGGACCUCGGAGACUCCUCUCGGCCUCCCCGGAGGAAGGGAGAGCGGGCCGGGCGGAUCUGCUCCUACCCGGGAGCCGGCCCAGCGGUGAGCUAGGAGAGCUUUGGGACCUCUGUGCUUUGCAAAAGACAUGAGUGGAGAGUAUAGAGGCAGAGGAUUUGGACGAGGAAGAUUUCAAAACUGGAAAAGAGGAAGAGGUGGUGGGACUUUCUCAGGAAAAUGGAGACAAAGAGAACACAGAACUGACCUGAGUAAAACCACAGGAAAACAUACUUCUGAACAAACCCCACAAUCUUUGCUACUACAAUCAACACUGGAUCAAUUUAUACCAUAUAAAGGCUGGAAGCUUUAUUUCUCUGAAGUUUACAGCGAUAACUCUCCUUUUAUUGAGAAGAUUCAAGCAUUUGAAAAUUUUUUCACAAGGCGUAUUGAUUUAUAUGAUAAGGAUGAAAUAGAAAGAAAGGGAAGUAUUUUGGUGGAUUUUAAAGAACUGACAAAAGACGACAAAAUAGCUAAAUUGAUACCAAAUAUAGCAAAUGAAUUAAGGGAUACACCUGAGAAAACCUUGGCUUGCAUGGGUCUGGCGAUACAUCAGGUAUUAACUAAGGACCUUGAAAGGCAUGCAGCCGAAUUACAAGCUCAAGAAGGGUUGUCUAGAGAUGGGGAAACAAUGGUAAAUGUGCCACAUAUUCACGCAAGGGUAUACAACUAUGAGCCCCUGACGCAGCUCAAGAAUGUCCGAGCAAAUUACUAUGGAAAAUACAUUGCUUUGAGAGGGACAGUGGUUCGUGUCAGUAAUAUAAAGCCUCUUUGUACCAAGAUGGCUUUUCUUUGUGGUGCGUGUGGAGAAGUUCAGAGUUUUUCUCUUCCAGAUGGAAAAUAUAAUCUUCCCACAAAGUGUCCUGUGCCUGUAUGUCGAGGGAAGUCAUUUACUGCUCUCCGUAGCUCUCCUCUCACAGUUACGAUGGACUGGCAGUCAAUCAAGAUCCAGGAGCUGAUGUCUGAUGAUCAGCGAGAAGCGGGUCGGAUUCCACGAACGAUAGAAUGUGAGCUUGUUCAUGAUCUGGUGGAUAGCUGUGUCCCGGGAGACACAGUGACUAUUACCGGAGUUGUCAAAGUCUCAAAUGCUGAAGAAGGUUCUCGAAAUAAGAAUGACAAAUGCAUGUUCCUUUUGUACAUUGAAGCAAAUUCUGUUAGCAAUAGCAAAGGACAGAAAACAAAGGCUUCCCAGGAUGGGUGUAAGCAUGGAACGUUGAUGGAGUUCUCACUUAAAGACCUUUAUGCCGUCCAGGAGAUUCAAGCUGAAGAACACCUGUUUAAACUCAUUGUCAACUCGCUUUGCCCUGUCAUAUUUGGCCAUGAACUUGUUAAAGCAGGUUUGGCGUUAGCACUCUUUGGAGGAAGCCAGAAAUAUGCAGAUGACAAAAACAGAAUUCCAAUUCGAGGAGACCCGCAUGUCCUUGUUGUUGGAGAUCCAGGCUUAGGAAAGAGUCAGAUGCUACAGGCAGUAUGCAACGUUGCUCCGCGUGGUGUGUAUGUUUGUGGUAAUACCACGACCACCUCUGGUUUGACUGUAACUCUUUCAAAAGAUAGCUCCUCUGGAGAUUUUGCUCUGGAAGCUGGUGCCCUGGUACUUGGUGAUCAAGGUAUCUGUGGAAUAGAUGAAUUUGAUAAGAUGGGAAAUCAACAUCAAGCCUUGUUAGAAGCCAUGGAACAGCAAAGUAUUAGUCUUGCUAAGGCUGGCGUGGUUUGUAGCCUCCCUGCAAGAACCUCCAUUAUUGCUGCUGCCAAUCCAGUCGGAGGACACUACAACAAAGCCAAAACAGUUUCUGAGAAUUUAAAAAUGGGGAGUGCCCUGCUAUCCAGAUUUGAUCUGGUCUUUAUCCUGUUAGACACCCCAAAUGAGGAUCAUGAUCAUUUACUCUCUGAACAUGUCAUUGCAAUAAGAGCUGGAAAGCAGAGAACUGUUAGCAGUGCCACAGUAGCUCGUAUGAAUAGUCAAGAUCCAAAUACUUCUGUACUGGAGGUGGUUUCUGAUAAGCCGUUAUCAGAAAGACUAAAGGUGCUUCCCGGAGAGACAAUAGAUCCAAUUCCCCACCAGCUAUUGAGAAAGUACAUUGGUUACGCUCGGCAGUAUGUCUAUCCAAGGCUAUCUACAGACGCUGCUCAAAUUCUUCAAGAUUUUUACCUUGAGCUCCGAAAACAGAGCCAGUGGUUAAACAGCUCACCAAUUACUACUAGGCAGCUGGAAUCUUUGAUUCGUCUAACAGAGGCACGAGCAAGGUUAGAAUUGAGAGAGGAAGCAACCAAAGAAGAUGCUGAGGACAUAGUUGAAAUUAUGAAAUAUAGCAUGCUAGGAACUUACUCUGAUGAAUUUGGGAACCUAGAUUUUGAGCGAUCCCAGCACGGUUCUGGAAUGAGCAACAGGUCAACAGCAAAAAGAUUUAUUUCUGCUCUCAACAACAUUGCUGAAAGAACUUACAAUAAUUUAUUUCAGUUUCAUCAACUUCGACAGAUUGCCAAAGAGCUAAACAUUCAGGUUGCUGAUUUUGAAAAUUUUAUUGGAUCACUAAAUGACCAAGGUUACCUCUUGAAAAAAGGCCCAAAGGUUUACCAGCUUCAAACCAUGUGAAAGGAGUACCAACCAGGACCUCCUGGGUUUAUUAGCAGUUUAAAGCCAUCUCAAUAAUGAGUGACCUCCCAAAAGUAAUGUAAUAGGAAAAGAGUGUCAAACUAAUUUAAGAAGUGAUAAAGUCGUGUUAAUUUUUUACAACUUCUC